AAACACAGCUGAUGGGGCUGCCAGAUAGUUUCACGUUUUUGUGAAAUUGCCUUUUUAGCGGCCGCCUGCUGGAUUUUAGAUAUUUAGUUGUGAAAUUUUAAUAUUAUUUGAUUUGAGACUUGAGAGCGACCAUGGACGAUUCCUCAAGGCAGCACAUGGAAGACUUCUGCUUCAUGCGGCCACCCAGCGACGUCCGCACCACCAACGUGCCUGUUGCUACUCCCAGGUCGGUGGCGGACAACAAAUCGCGCAAAACAGAGCUGCACGUCGUACGGCUGAGCGAUGAGUCCAAGCAGAUGACCAUGGACACCUUACGGACCAUACACGGGCCGGACUUUAAGCUGGAGGACAUCAGUAAGUACAAGGACCGCGGGAGAGGCGGCCACGGUGUCAAGCAUGCCUAUUGGCAGGACCGUGGCACGCUGAUGGUGCAGAGUGUCCAGGGGGUCAGCUCCACCAGAGGCGAUGGCAGCGACGAGGAUCGCCUUCGCCGCUAUGCCCUGCUCAAGCUGGAGUGCUACGGCUUCCAUGCCGCCCACUGCCUCGAGGCCUACCAGCACUGCAGCAACGAUACGGAAGCGGCCCUGCUGCUGCUCUAUAAGCGAUAUAUGCACGUCCUCGAAAAGGAAAAGCUUAACCUUGAGCCACCCAGCGAGCAGGAGCUACUGGACAUGCGCUCCGAUGAGAAGGAAGCCCUCGAGUCCAUCUACGAUCGGACCUACGAGGAGCGUGAGUGCAAUCGGGUGUGGAAUCUCAAGUUAAAGAUCGACCACCUACUGGCCCACAGCCCCUCAGAGGUUCGAAAGGCUCGUGAGGCUGCCGCCGCAGCAGCAGCCGCCUCUGUCCAGGCAGCCCUCGACAAGAAGAAGAAGGCGCCGCAGCGGUGUCGCAACUUCGAACGCGAUGGCACCUGUAAAUACGGUCCCAAGUGUCGCUUUGCCCAUGUGCCGGCCCAGCCCGUUCUUCCUUCCACACCAAAGAAAGAUAAUCUGGAUGAGAACGACAACGAGCUGUGGUUCCAUGUGGAGGUGCGCUUUCCAUGCCAUCCAACGGCUUUAGACAUACAUACAUAUGUACAAACAAACAUACACAGAAACGCACAAAUGUACAUAGCAGCAAACGAAAGAGUGGAACAGAGCCUGAUAGAAAAUGUGUCAAAAGCGGGAAGCGAGGCGACUGCCUUCGUGUCCUCUGCCGAGAGAUAGACAACAUACAUAUACAUAUGUACAUACAAUAAUUAUAACAAAGACAAUAAUUCUAGUGCAUUUCUUUGUACAUUUGUAUUGAAUAACGUUUGUCCAUAUGUAUGUAUGUACGUAUGUACGUACCUCUCAUCUGAGGUUAAAAUGGUUGAAAUGGAAUGCAUACAUAUAAACACACCACACACGAAUAUAUAUGGCGAAUGGCAAGGCAAAGCAGAAUCUGAGGAAAUGACAGCAGCAUUCUCAGACGAGAGGACGUACCGUUCGCACAGCACUGAGAUCCUAUUCGAAGCAAAACACCUGACUUUCUCGUGUGGCGCCGCAGAACCGCAGAGAACAACCGCUCGAAAUAUCACGAAAUCGGCUGAAUAGAAGGGUUAUUAUUCUUUGAGUCGCGUUUGAAGUCGACAUGGAUUUUUUUGGACGCAAUAACGACAGUGAGAGGCUGACUCCCCUGGAGAAUUCAGAGACGGAGUUUAUUUCUGGGCAAGCUGAAUCGGAACGCAACGUCAGUUUGGUUGAAGAGCACGAGGACGAGGACGUGCAGAAGAGUACGUCUGGGCUUUCGCCGCUUGUGGAUAUCAUCCGAAAACUGUCAAAACUGUCCAGAACGAAUGAGGCACUCAGUAUGGAUCUAUCCACAGGGACUUUGACAAAACGUAUGCCCGUCAACCGUCAAAUUGAAUAUGAGCCACAGAAUUCGGGCAACAACAUGGCUGACUUAGGUCAGUUGGGUGGCGAGCAGCCGAAGGAAACUGCAAAUAAUCAGCACCAAGGCGGUUGGCAUUACGUUUUGCACCUACCAACAAUGGAUGGGGAAUCUCCCAAUAUCGACAAGCCGGUACAGUAUGAGUCUCCACUUCCGCACCCAUCGUACUUAGGAGUCACCGUUGUUGGCUGGGAGCAAGAAACCAAUUUGCCUGCUGGAUAUGAUCUGUCAAGCAUGCAGGAAAUCAAAGAUCCCAACCACUAGUCGGUACUAAACUUUUCUAUCAUAUAAUCCUUAAAACUUAUAGUAAAACAGUUCCCUGUAUGUUGCUUAUGUCCGCAUUCCACUAGACUUGACUUGAACUGACUGUUUGUUUGGUGAGACGAGAUAUAAAGCGUAUGGGAGAAGCAGUGAGUGUAAGC